GGUAGCAUAAGGUUCUUGUCAAGCACCGCAGUACGACAGUCACUGUCAGCGUCUUGUCAAAUCUAUACCAUCCAUCUGCGACCUAGAGAAGGAUACAAAGGGCAGCAGAGGAGAAACAGUUGCGUUGCUUCACCAACCAGACAUACCCCUCCUUGCGACAGCUACCACACGGCCAAGUCUCGACCCUGCUUUUCCCAAGAAUAUAACCAGUCGACCUUCUACAAUCCACGUCUACUCUAUCCGAAAAUGAACCGUCUAUUCGGGGCCAAGAGCUCAGCACCAAAACCAACCCUCAACUCCGCCAUCUCCAAUGUCGAUGCACGCAUAGAAUCAAUCGACGUCAAACUCGCCAGCAUCAAUGCCGAACUUACCUCCUACCAGACCAAGCUCUCCAAGAUGCGCGAUGGCCCUGGCAAAACCGCCAUCAAGCAAAAGGCCCUAAAGGUCCUGCAACGCCGCAAAAUGUACGAAGCCCAGCGAGAUCAGCUACAGCAACAGUCCUGGAAUAUGGAACAAGCGGGCAUGAUGCAAGAUAACCUGAAGAACGUCAUGACGACCGUGGAUGCCAUGAAGUCAACGAAUAAGGCGCUGAAACAACAGUAUGGGAAGAUUAACAUAGAUAAGAUUGAGCGCAUGCAGGAUGAAAUGGCCGACCUGAUGGAUAUUGGGAACGAUAUACAGGAGAGUAUAAGUCGCAGCUAUGAUAUUCCUGAGGAUGUGGAUGAGGCAGAAUUGGAUGCCGAGUUGGAGGCCCUGGGCGAAGAGCUCGAGUAUGAGAAUUUGGGUACCGAGAGUACCCCGAGCUUUAUGGUUGAUGAGGUGCCACAGUUUAUUGAUGAGCCGCCAGUCACGGACGGGAAGGUUAAGGAGGCUGCUGGGUGAUAUCAAGUCGAUAGUCAUUUCUUGAGGGCGUUAUUUGGUUGCGGUGGGAAUGAGAAUCAUAGCGGUCAGGGCUGUACGAUACCCAAUGCUUCAACAUUGUCUGAUAUGGGGUUUCACGGAAUCUGGCUGGUUUCCCCUUGCUUUCUAGUGAUAUGUGUUGCAAACAGGAAAAGCUACGAUCGUUCUAUUCAGAAGCUUGCUAUUUGUCUCAGAUCUGAUGCCGGCAGUAGUCUGAGGCCAGCAGCUCUUCAAUGAAAUGAAGUGUCCUUAGUGACGUCUGUUUCGUACCUGCUGCCAACUUCCGCAAGUACGGAGUAGAAAUCUCUGGAAAUUCAGGG